CUAGAAGGAGCACUCUGGUAUUUCGUUCCUAUUUUUGAUUUGUCAUGGCGCUGGAUCAAGGUCAUGAUCAAGAUAAUAGGACUGAUCACAACAUCAGCAGCAAAUCCUGUCAGAGAUGUGAGGGCUGCGAUGCACAUUACUAUUGGUGUCAUCUGGAUAAUACCCAGAAGUUUUUCUUCAAGAUCAUGGUUGGCGAUUUCCAAGAAAAAAUGAUCAUACCAGAUAAGUUUGUGAAAAAUUUUAAAGGUCAGAUUUCUAAAGUUAUCAAGCUAGAAGCUCCUGACGGGAACAAAUAUGAUGUUCAGGCUACCAGGGAUCUGAACAAGAUAGUACUUGGAUCUGGAUGGGCAACAUUUGCCACCUUUUACGAAUUAAAAGAGGGCUGUGUGCUUGUGUUCAGGUACAUUGGGGAUUCUCACUUCCGGGUUCUUAUAUUUGAUUAUCCAAGUUGCUGCGAGAAAGAGGUUUUCCAUGUUGUCAUCAAUUAUGGCUCUAAUGAUCAAGAAAAAGACAUUCGUUUUGAUCAAUCACUAGUGAGCAAAACACGAUGCCGGAAUGAUGGAUCAGGCAAAGAUGAAUCCCAUCAAAGGUGUGGCCACUGCGACGUUCAUUUCUAUUGGCAUCACAUGGAUGAUAGGGAGAAGCAUUUCGUGAGGUUCAUGAUUGGCAAUUUCCGGCGACAAAUGAGCAUACCAGAGAAAUUUGUGAAAAACUUCAGAGGUCAGAUCUCUGAAGUUAUCAAGCUAGAAGCUCCCGAUGGAAACAUAUAUGACAUUCAGGUUACCAAGGGUCUGAACAAGAUAGUCCUUGGAUCUGGAUGGGCAGCAUUUUCCAAUGCUUAUGAACUAAAGGAGCAUGAUGUCUUGGUGUUCAGAUAUAUUGGGGACUCACACUUCAAAACACUAAUCUUUGAUCCAAGUGGCUGUGAGAAAGAAUUAUUCCGCGUUGUCAUGAAGCGCGCUCCUAAUGUACAAGAAAUAGGGAUUUCUGACGAUCAGUCAUUCCCUGAGGAAACAAUGCCUCGAGAAAAACUAUCACAUGAUGACUAUUGUAGGAAUACUAACAAGAUGACUUCAAUGGACUCGCCUUCACCAAGAUCAGAUGAACAUGUCACGUGUACAGAAGACCCUCAGGAAACCAUGAAUUCAGGUAGCCUUCAGGAAAUCACUAAGCCUCACUAUGUCCUAGCGACGGGGUGCAAUCUUACUGCAAUGCAGCAGACAGAAGUUGACGUCCUUGUGAAGAAAAUUAGGCCCGUAAUUCCAUUUUACAUCACCACCAUGAACAAGACAAGUCUGUCUGGAUCUCUGGCCUUCUGCAAGGAUUACGCUGUCACUUACCUUCCACAUGAAGAUCAGUUCAUCACACUCUGCCAUCCUCAGAAAAGCAGCAUAUGGGUAGACAAUUUGAAGGUUAUCACUGAUGGUGCAAGCAUGCUUUCUGCUGGCUGGCUGUGCUUCGUUCACCAUAACGAGUUGCGGGAAAGUGAUAUAUGUGUAUUCGAAGUAUCGAAAAGCGAUGGUGAAGUGACCAUGGUUGUUCAUUCUCUUGAAGGAGGUCAUUGCCUACCAGGGAAAAAUCCUGUAUCUCAAAGUUUUAUAGUUAAGGAUGAGGUGACCGAAGAAGAGGAAAGAGAUGAUGAACACACCGAGUCAGAGUACUACUACUCAAGGUUUGCAAAGUUCCUGACUGACGAGGAGCAAGAGGACAUAUUUGGGUCGGCAUCAAUCCAACUGGGCAACCCUGUAUACGUUGCCGUCAUGCAGAAGAAUCACGUUAGCGGCAGGAACUUCCUGAUCAUCCCUAGCAAGUUUGCCGCUAAGCAUCUCGCGGAGAGGUCACACGACAUCCUGCUCGUCAGACCCAACAGGAAAGGGUGGUGCGUCAAGUACUACUACCAGGAAAGGUAUACCCGGGGGGGUUUCACCUGCACGCGCUGGAACAAGUUCAUCCGUGACAACAAGCUUCGCAAGGGCGACGUUUGUGUCUUCGAGCUGUUGAAAGGCAUGAGCAAGGUGACAAUGAUGGUCCAUGUUUCCAGGAAGGUCGAUGGUAGGUUCGUUCUGGUGGGCUAAGUUCCAGUCUACGUAUACUCAGCCUCUCUUGUCUAGUUUGUUGACCAACUGGUGUGAAGUGUAGUUCAUGGUAUCUGUAGCCUGAAUAACGAGUGUUGGUGCCACUGAAGCUAGCUUCGGCACGAUGCAGGUGCAUUUUGUAACAGUACUAAAGCUAAGUUCUUGCCAUGUAAAAACCUGGUGUUGUUGAGCUGUAGCGUUUGAAUGUCCAUUCCCGAUUCCUCAA